AAAGAGUCUUUCAAAAAGAACGAAUCGUUCGCAAACUGCACAUCACGAACACGUGUGCGACCAGAGCUACCGCCAGACAGGGCAGGAGCCUGAUAACAUUAAAGGCCGAGGAAUAAAAAGGGCAUUUCGGUUUAUUUUCUACUGUUGUGAAUGCAUUACAUGUCAUUUUUAUAGACUUGACUUUAACAAGGCACGCGGGGGACAGCGCGCAUGGUCGCACAACGCCACAGCUGACUGACAGAUGGCCAAUCGGAACUAGGAGUGAAGCGAAGAAACGAAGAAAGUUCUCGGUCUCGUGGGUCGUUGUAUGUUUAGCACCAAAGUGACUGAUCAAACACUAAAUAGAUCGUGUAUCAUGGCUGACUACUUGAUCAGUGGACAGACUGGUUACGUGCCCGAUGAUGGACUGAGCGGGCAGCAACUCUUCAACUGCGGGGACGGCCUUACGUACAAUGACUUCCUGAUUCUUCCAGGGUAUAUUGACUUCACAUCAGAACAGGUGGAUUUGACUUCAGCCCUGACAAAACAGAUCACCAUGAAAACGCCUUUUGUAUCCUCCCCUAUGGACACAGUCACAGAGUCAGCGCUGGCCAUUGCCAUGGCACUCACAGGAGGAAUAGGCUUCAUCCACCACAACUGCACUCCAGAGUUCCAGGCCAACGAGGUCCGCAAGGUCAAGCGGUACGAACAGGGUUUCAUCACAGACCCGGUAGUGAUGAGUCCUACAGACCGUGUGGCAGACGUGUUCCAGGCCAAGGCACGCCACGGCUUCUGCGGCAUCCCCAUCACAGACAACGGCCACAUGGGGGGCCACCUCGUUGGCAUCAUCUCCUCGCGUGACAUUGACUUCCUGAAGGAGGAGGAGCACAUCCUGCCACUCAGUGAGGUGAUGACAAAGCUGGAGGACCUUGUCGUUGCUCCAGCUGGAGUGACACUAAAAGAGGCCAAUGAGAUCCUGCAGAGGAGUAAGAAAGGUAAGCUGCCCAUAGUGAACGAGGAGGGCUGCCUGGUGUCCAUCAUCGCCAGGACAGAUCUGAAGAAGAACAGGGACUUUCCCCUGGCCGCUAAAGACUCCCGCAAACAGUUGCUGUGUGGGGCAGCCAUCGGCACGCACAACGAUGACAAGUACAGACUGGACCUGCUGGUGCAGAGCGGAGUAGACGUGGUUGUACUGGACUCCUCUCAAGGGAACUCAAUCUUCCAAAUCGACAUGAUUAAGUACAUCAAAGAGAAAUACCCACCGCUUCAGGUCAUUGGAGGCAAUGUGGUAACUGCAGCCCAGGCCAAGAACCUGAUUGAUGCCGGGGUGGACGGCCUGCGCGUGGGCAUGGGCAGUGGCUCCAUCUGUAUCACACAGGAAGCACCUCUCAGUGUUCCUCCUGGUAUAAAGCUCCACAGCCCCAAAACCCCAACUACUGUUACGGGAUACUGCAUGUUGGCAUGCGGGCGUCCCCAGGCCACCGCCGUGUACAAGGUGUCGGAGUACGCCCGUCGAUUUGGGGUGCCAGUCGUUGCCGACGGGGGCAUCCAGACCGUGGGGCACAUUGCCAAAGCCCUGGCACUGGGGGCAUCUACAGUGAUGAUGGGCUCUCUCCUGGCUGCCACCAGUGAGGCUCCAGGUGAAUACUUCUUCUCUGAUGGCAUCAGGCUGAAGAAGUACAGAGGCAUGGGCUCACUGGAUGCCAUGGACAAGAACCUGGGCUCCCAGACCAGAUACUUCAGUGAGUGUGACAAGAUUAAGGUAGCCCAGGGUGUGUCGGGGGCGGUCCAGGACAAGGGCUCCAUACAUAAGUUUAUUCCCUACCUGCUUGCUGGGAUCCAGCACUCCUGUCAAGACAUCGGAUCUAAGAGCCUCACCCAGCUCAGAGCCAUGAUGUAUUCUGGGGAUCUGAAGUUUGAGAGGAGGACGACAUCGGCCCAGAUGGAGGGAGGAGUCCACAGCAUGCACAGUUAUGAGAAGCGCUUGUUCUAAGGAAGAGAACACAGUAGUGGGCUGCAGACUUGUGUUCCUCAAGCAUACACACAUGCAAGCACAAACAACUACUUGCCAACCCAAAUCUGUCUGUGCCCUUGAGCAAAGCACUUAACACUAAUUGCUCCAGGGUCGCCGUUGAUAAUUGCAGACCCUGGCCGUGACCCCACUCUCCUAGUGUGUCUCAGGGAGAGUUGGGAUAUGCAAAAAUAAGUUUCUAAUUCACACAUGAGUAUUAAUACACACAUGUACAUGUGUGAAAUAGGAAAAAUAUUAGCACCCACAAUUAUUACACACUCACACAAGUGCUGGGCGAUUAGUUCUUUUUGAAGGUAGUUCCGGUUCGAUUAUGAAAAAAAAAAAAAUCGGUUUCGAUUAAUUUUUUAAAACAUUAAAUGCAUUAUGAAAUAAUGACAUUAAAAUGAUUUUAUAGCUUUUUAAUGGAAAUUCCAAAGCCAAACUAAAAAUAUUCCAUGGUCUCUUUCAGGUCCACAUUCGGUAGACAUCCAAAGAAAAACAUGAAAUAAUAUUUCAUUUGUGUUUAUUACUUACUUUUUAUUUGAUAACUUUAUUUUUCAUUCCUUAAAGUCAUCAUGUAUUACUUAGUCAUCCUAUUUAGCUAACCGGACUAAGCAUGCUGCAGAGCUGUCUGAUGUAAUCAUUUUACUAGUUAUUCAAAGUAGAUGAGGCAUACUUUCCCAAACUGUCUCUCUCUCAUUGUUGUGUUGUGCAGUAGCGGUAUAUGGGUAAAAUCACUGGGGAAGCCAAGCCAGCCAGGGAAAGAAAAUCCCAAAUAACCUAUAUGCUGUGAUAAUUGCGUUGUUUGCUCUAUAACCUGUUAGUUCACAUGCCUUGCCACCGUGAUAUAUAGGCCUAAAGGCCAAAACAAUAAGACAGUGGCAUAAUAAAUUAAACCACACCUAUUUCGUCACAAAACCAGAGAGCAACAUCUGUCCGGUGAAGUCCACAAAGCAUAUUGCAUGUAACAAACAAUUAGAUGACCUACAGCAUAAUCAAGCACGUUAAUGUUAGUUUUUUUCUGCCAAUGACGUUUGGCUUAAUGUGGUGUGAAGCCAAAUCCACACUGGCUUCCCUUGACCCCUUUUUUUGGUGCACCAGGACCAUUCACAGUUUAGAUCAAUGCUGAUUGGCUAAUAUUUUAUAUUAGGGAGGGCAAAUGCUCACUGGCUUCCCUUGCAUUCAAUGCUACUGGUGGCAACAAUAUCAUACUCUUUUUGACCAGACAGCAUCCGAUAGAUGGGCCAUAGAGCCUCUUGCGAAUUUAAGGAAAAUUAAACACAUCUUUAUUUUUUUCAAUUUUUGGGGGAAGCCUAGCUUCCCUUGGCAUCCAUGAAUAGACACCACUCAUGUUGUGUUUAUUCCUUUUUCAUCCAGUCUGUGUGUAUCUAACCUAACGUAGCAGGCGUAAGUGUAUCCAUCUCUGUCCAAGCCGGAAAGAACAGGCGCAAUGGAUUAUGAUCAUUGUUGUUAAUUACCAAUUUUCUGCACUAAACUGCACUAAAUAUUUGCUUAAUGAAAACUACAACACCCUUUCAGCACAGCAUUCCACAUAGUUCUUGACUUGAUUUCUCUUGUGAAUUAUUUUAUUUAUUUCCAGAGAAACGGCGUGUUGGGCUCUCACACAAAAAAAAUUGGUUAAUCGCUCAGCACUAACACACACAAACAUAAAUGACCUUUAACCAUCCCUGACAAACAGACAGACAUGCUCUCCCAGACAGAGCAUGUCUGUUUGUCUAUCCGUCAGUACUGUGAUGGAGUGUUUUUGUGUAAUCAGAUGCCUCCCAUGUCCUUAUGAAAUGAACUGACUUUGAAAAAGUAAAAUAAAAAAGUUAACAUUUUCAACAA